CAGAGGAAGUUAAGGUACUCAGUUCGAGAGGAGACAAAAACACGACUUGGCAACAACUGUAACAUAGUAUUUCCCCCGCAUCGACAUGGAGCAGCCGCGUGUCCUCCUGCUGUCCCUCAACCUCGAGUCUUGGUUCGAUGAGAUGUAUAAGCCUCACCUGGACAAGCUAACGGCGAGGGCCCGAGUCCACCGAGUCAAAACCGCCACCGCGGCCAUCCGGUCGCUUUCCGGCGGCCCCGCCCCGCACGCGGUCCUCGUUACAGACAGCGCCUUGGCCAAAGACGCCCACGGCCAAGUCUACGACGCCCUACUGGCAUACGUGCGCCAGGGCGGCACUGCCGUCUUCAUGGCCCACUUUCCCUCCUUCAUCAUCCCCGGGGACAUGCAAGGCUUCUUCGCCCGCGCCGGCCUGCCAUGGAAGUCCGGGUCGUACCAUCGAACGACUUUUACGCUCAAUAACGAGGCCGUGGGCGCCGCCCUGGCCGCUAGACUGCCCCCCGCCUACAGCCAGAAAGCCCUAUCUGUGGGUAACGUUAGGCCCGGGGAGGCGUGGUAUCGCAGCACCGAAGGGUCGAGAAUUGAGUCGAGGGUGUUUGCCCCGGACUCGGCUUUCGAGCCGACCGAGGCUCCCGUCGCGGUGGGAAAAGUCGGGAAUGGAAGGCUCGGCUACAUUGGCGAUGUCAAUGUUGAGGAUGAGACAGGUGACGUGGUACUGGCUAUGUGCGGACUUCUGUGAAGCAACUUCGGACUGGCCACGAGUGCAAAGUUCCCUAGCUCGCCAGAUCAACAGCUGCUUUGGGGACAUUAGAUAUUA